AUGCACAUUAUCUGUUUAUCCGAGACAAUGCUCCUCAAUGAAUCUCCUCAUCUACUGCCAGCCUCUCUGAGAGACUAUUCAAACAUGUGGUCUGUGGCACUGAAGGAUAAAACCAGAGGCAGGGGAAGUGGGGGUCUCUUGUGUCUUACUCAUCCAGCUCUGGUCUCUGAAACGAUUGAGAUUACUCCCUGGUGGAUCUUCUUCAGAAUCUGUGCGGGUCUGCGGAAUAUUGUUGUGGGCUCGGUGUACUUCAAACCAACCCUCCAACUAGACCAAAUCCUAGAACUUUUCCAACUCUCCUUAGAUGAAAUACAGAGUAAAUUUCAGUCCGACAUCAUUAUUCUGGGUGGUGACAUGAAUGCUACAAUAGCAGAUUUUGAGGACGACCUUCCUCCUGAGAUUGUCUAUGGUACGAGGCUAUAUGAGCACAGAGAAACCUCAGUAACGGAAACCAAUGAGAGAGGCGAGAUGCUGAUGUCCUUCAUGACUGAGAAUGGAUUCAUCCUUCUGAAUGGUCGAACAACUUUGGAUCACCCCGGUCGAUUCACCAGUUCCAGAUCUACCUCGACCCUUGAUCUAACCUGGGUGAGUGCUGACCAUGCAGGGUCGAUUAUUGAUAUGGAGGAUUCCUCUACCCUUCUGGGGUCCAAUCAUCUUUCGCUCACUUUGAGUCUGGCAUUGAAGACUGAUUUCUCGUCCCCCCAUGACGAUGACCCUCCUUCAAUAGUUUGCCUAGACAAUUCUCCCCCUGCAGUCUCUCAGAACCCUAAGCUCAUAUGGAAGGCUGACAAGUUUGAUGUCUAUUCUAGACAUCUUGCAAACUCAGUAAGAAUCUCUGAGGCAAGCCCUGAGCAUGAUCUAAACACUCUGAAUGAACUGAUCUGUGACGCUAUCAAGGAAGCUGCUUCUGCAUCGGGGAUGAGGAAAAUUUCUCGACCAUUUAACUCAUAUCUUCAGGGACAGCGGAAAUCUCCCUGGUUCGAUGCCGAAUGUCACAGACUGAAGACUGAAGCCAGGAAGCUUUUCAAAAAAAUUUAUGAUCCUAAUUUCAACAUGGCGAGUGCAGUGACUUUCAAUGAAAAGAACAAAUUAUAUAGAAAAGAAACUAUGGCGAAAAAGAAAGCAUAUAAAAGUGAAUUGUCUGAGAAAUAUUCGAAUGUAAAAAAUUCUAUCACUUUUUGGGAAACGUGUCGAGCAGUGAAAGGGCGCCCUGAGACUCGGGAAGUGAUUAUACUUGAUGAAUGGAGUGAAUUUCUUCUCCGCACCUACCCUGGUAGAUCCUCUUGGGCUCUGAUUUUGCCUGAUACACCACUGAUCAGCAUGGACCUUCCGAUUUCCCCUGAGGAAUUGAACCGCAGCAUAAAGAGCAUGAAGGGGGGCAAAGCUCCUGGAGAAGACUCAAUCUCUGCCAACUUCUACAAGUACCUGCCUCAGGACUGGAAAUCCAUCCUCCUUGACCUGUUCAAUAGGGUUCUUAUCACAGGCGAGGUGCCUGAUGCUUGGACCAAGAUAGCCCUUUGUAUGAUCUACAAGAAAGGCGAUCAGAGAGAUCCCCUGAACUACAGGGGGAUCGCUCUCAUAAAUGUGAUCACCAAGCACUUCACCUCCAUCCUUAACGAGCGAGUCUACGACUGGGCUGAGAUGAAGAGAGUCAUUCCAGAAGAACAGGCUGGCUUCCGCCAAUCUAGAGGUGCUGUGGACAACCUCUUCUCUCUCCAAGCAAUAAUCCAAAAUAGACUGAGACAAACCGGUGGCAAAGUCUACUCCCUCUUCGUGGAUUUUAGAAGAGCCUUUGACUCUGUACCGCAGCAUCAACUCUGGUUGGAACUCCUGGGACUCGGGGUGAGUUCCAGGAUUAUCAAAGUCAUCAAGAACCUCUAUGACCACUCUACCAUGCACAUCAGAACCCAGAAAGGAUCCUCAGCGGAGGUUGACGUCAGUGAAGGAGCCCUGCAGGGCGAGGUGCCUGAUGCUUGGACCAAGAUAGCCCUUUGUAUGAUCUACAAGAAAGGCGAUCAGAGAGAUCCCCUGAACUACAGGGGGAUCGCUCUCAUAAAUGUGAUCACCAAGCACUUCACCUCCAUCCUUAACGAGCGAGUCUACGACUGGGCUGAGAUGAAGAGAGUCAUUCCAGAAGAACAGGCUGGCUUCCGCCAAUCUAGAGGUGCUGUGGACAACCUCUUCUCUCUCCAAGCAAUAAUCCAAAAUAGACUGAGACAAACCGGUGGCAAAGUCUACUCCCUCUUCGUGGAUUUUAGAAGAGCCUUUGACUCUGUACCGCAGCAUCAACUCUGGUUGGAACUCCUGGGACUCGGGGUGAGUUCCAGGAUUAUCAAAGUCAUCAAGAACCUCUAUGACCACUCUACCAUGCACAUCAGAACCCAGAAAGGAUCCUCAGCGGAGGUUGACGUCAGUGAAGGAGCCCUGCAGGGUGAGAAAUUGAGCCCCCUUCUUUUUAACUUAUACCUCUCAGAUCUGGUCUCUUUCUUUCGCUCCAGAGAGGUCAAAGGAGUUGACAUCAACGAUAGAACUGAUAUAUUUAAAUAA